GAAAUCAUUUUGGCACGAAAUCGCACUAAAAAAAAUAUAGAAAAGAGAGGCCAAAUCUUGUAUCUGUGCGUAUGGUCCUGUUGCAUCACCGUCCUCAUCUCCAUCCUCGAAUCUCGGUCGCCAUAUCGCCGGAUUACAAUCAUCGCCAGACAAGCUUUGAUGAUGUGCUUUUGAGCAUGAGAUUUGGAUUAACGCGAGUUCUUCCUCUGAAACGAUCUUUCGCUUACUAUUCCAUCACUUCCGGAUCUCGAGAACAACAGCCGAAAUCGCCGAUCACCAUGGCGACCAAGAGCGGGGAUCUUGUAGAAACUUCGACGGUGGAGACAUGCAAGGGAGAGGAGGAUAAGAUGAAGGAGGUUAAGAAGGAGGAGGUUUCGCUCCCUCCGCCGCCGGAGAAACCAGAGCCUGGCGAUUGUUGUGGUAACGGCUGCGUCCGAUGCGUUUGGGAUUUGUAUUACGAGGAGCUCGAAGAAUACAACACGCUUUCUAGUUCCAUCUCUGGAGAAACUAAAUCCAGCUGAAUGAUUUGCUUAUUCUGAAUUUUUUUUCUUUUUUCGCAAAAAGCUUGUUUGUACCGAUUUGUUUGCUGGAAAAAUUAAACACUGUAUAUGCUGAUUUUUGAGAAGUUGAAGAAGAUGCUGUGGUAUGUUGAUAUAAUAUGCUAAUAGAGAUUUAAGUUUUCAGUAAAGGUUAUGAACCAAUCAAACAUUUCUAUUUUU